AUGGCCGCCGCUGCCACUGCGACUGUCAUUCCCCGUGCCGACUACGGCGCCUGGAACGUUUCCAUCACAUCGACCGGUGGCUCGGACAAGCAGCGCACCGAGACCGUUACCGGCGUCUACGCCAACGCUCAGCUCACCGACAACAUCCCUGUGAACUGCCACUUCCAGGGUAUGCUCAAUGGCGAGGUGAUCAACAAGCUCACCUGCGAUCCUGAGUCUUUCAGCUACACGUUUGAGGCGGCCGGCUACGACGAUGGGUACUUGUACCAGCUUACACUGACCCAGACGGUUGCCCUCAGUGGCACAAACGUCACCGUCAAGGGCACAUCAGACAAGUUCAAGAGGACUUGUGAUAAAGUUACCGGCAAGAGGUGCUCUGCCUCCGACAUCCUUGUGCAGGCAUCUACAGCCGUCGCUUAA